CCGGACUCGGCCGCCCCGCCCCUGCCCAAGUCUUAAAAGCCUCUCUCGCCUCCGAGCGUCCGAACUGCCUGCUGCCCGUCCCGGCCAGGCGCCCCCUGCAGCAUGGCCUGGAACACCAAUCUCCGCUGGCGGCUGCCGGUCGUCUGCCUGCUCCUGCAGGUGGCCCUGGUGGUCCUCUUCGGCGUGUUCGUGCGCUAUGACCUGGAUGCCGACGCCCACUGGAUCGAGGAGAGGAUGUCCAGGAACAUUUCCAGCGACUUGGACAACGAAUUCUACUAUCGGUACCCGAGCUUCCAGGACGUGCACGUGAUGAUCUUCGUGGGCUUCGGCUUCCUCAUGACCUUCCUGCAGCGCUACGGCUACAGCGCCGUGGGCUUCAACUUCCUGCUGGCGGCCUUCGGCAUCCAGUGGGCGCUGCUCAUGCAGGGAUGGUUCCACUCCUUUGACGGACGCUACAUUCUCUUGGGCGUGGAGAACCUCAUCAAUGCGGACUUCUGUGUGGGCUCUGUCUGUGUCGCCUUUGGGGCAGUUCUGGGCAAAGUCAGCCCUGUCCAGCUACUCAUCAUGACUCUCUUCCAAGUGACCCUCUUCUCAGUGAAUGAGUUCAUUCUCCUCAGCCUGCUAGAGGUGAAGGAUGCAGGGGGCUCCAUGACCAUCCACACAUUCGGCGCCUACUUUGGGCUCACAGUGACCUGGAUCCUCUACCGACCCAACCUAUAUCAGAGCAAGGACAGGCCAAGCUCUGUGUACCACUCGGACCUCUUUGCCAUGAUCGGCACCCUCUUCCUGUGGAUGUACUGGCCCAGCUUCAACUCAGCUGUGUCCAAUCACGGAGACGCCCAGCACCGAGCUGUCAUCAACACCUACUGCUCCUUGGCAGCCUGUGUGCUCACUGCGGUGGCGCUGUCCAGCGUCCUGCAUAAGAAGGGCAAGCUGGAUAUGGUGCACAUCCAGAACGCCACGCUCGCGGGAGGGGUGGCCGUGGGCACCGCCGCCGAGAUGAUGCUCAUGCCUUACGGCUCCCUCAUCAUCGGCUUCAUCUGCGGCAUCAUCUCCACGCUGGGUUUUGUGUACCUGACGCCAUUCCUGGAGUCCCGGCUGCGGAUCCAGGACACGUGUGGCAUUCACAACCUGCAUGGCAUGCCCGGCAUCAUAGGUGGCAUUGUGGGUGCUGUGACGGCAGCCUCUGCCAACACUGAGCUGUAUGGGCAGGAAGGGCUUGCCUUUGCCUUUGGCUUUGGAAGUUCCACACUGAGCUGGAACGCAAGCACACAGGGCAAGUUCCAGGCUGCUGGUCUCUUUGUGUCGCUGGCCAUGGCCCUGGUGGGCGGCAUCAUCGUAGGGGUCAUUUUGAAAUUGCCAUUCUGGGGACAAGCCGCUGAUGAGAACUGCUUUGAGGAUGCAAUCUACUGGGAGAUGCCCAAGGACCAGAAGAAUAUUGUCUUCCGUUCUGAGGACCCCACCCUCAAGCCCUCAGAACCUUAAACUCCCAAGGCAAGUGAGAAGCAGGCUCCACAGACUGUUCCAGCAUUCCCCCAAGGAGCCAGUGCUGAUCAAGCUGGGAACAAAAGAGCAAGGCGAGCGGCACUCCACCUGCUGGCCCGGUCCAGGGUGCCUCCAUCUCUCCCUCCGCCUUCAUCCCAGGGGACCUGCCUGAGAAUGGAGGAGGAGCUAUAGACAAAGUGGGCAUCCAAGCCAGGUUCUGGCUGCAGGAAGCCUGCCACCAGGGGUCUUGGUGGCCACAGCCUGAGAAAAGCAGGCAGGAGUGGGGCUGGGGGCUGGAGAUGGACCUGAGCCCUCCUAUGAGACAACGUAGCUGCCAACCACCGACUGCUGGGCUCUUCCACUCCCUUCCUGCCCCUCAGCCAGUAUCUCCCAUGCCCCCUGAAACCUCCAGGCCUCUCUGUGCCAUGCAGAUGGUAGCCUCCGUGAAUAAAACGUUCUUGGUGUUCUUUGUA